CCAUGGCGGUGUGCGCCCGCCUCUGCGGGGUGGGCCCGGCCCGCGGCUGCCGCCGGCGAGGGGCGGCUCGGGAGCAGCGGCACGGGGGAGCCGGCGACAGCGAGCCUGACACCGACACUGAUCCCGAGGAGGCCGGCGGCGGUGCCACGGAGGAUGACGAGGUGGCAGAGCGCAUUGAGGGCGGGCGACCCGCGCCGCACCCCGCUGAGGCCGGCCCGGCCGGGCGGGCUCCGCUGUCCCUCCUGGAGCUGCCCCCCGAACUCCUAGUGCAGAUCUUCGGUUCCUUGCCCGGUACAGACCUGCCCAGCCUGGCCCGUGUCUGCACCACCUUCCGCCGCAUCCUCCGCACCGACACGAUCUGGCGGCGGCGCUGCCGCGAAGAAUAUGGUGUCUGUGAAAACCUGAGGAAAUUGGAGAUCACAGGAGUGUCCUGUCGAGAUGUCUAUGCCAAACGUAUAAACCCACGAGUGAAGUCGGGGCGUUAUAUGAAAAUCCUUCCCGACUACGAGCACAUGGAGUACAGAGAUGUUUACACCUGCCUGCUGCACAGAUACAGACACAUCCUGGGCUUGUGGCAGCCGGACAUUGGGCCCUACGGAGGACUGCUGAAUGUGGUGGUGGAUGGGCUGUUCAUCAUCGGGUGGAUGUACUUGCCACCUCAUGACCCUCACGUUGAUGAUCCCAUGAGAUUCAAACCUCUCUUCAGGAUUCAUCUCAUGGAGAGGAAAUCUGCAACCGUCGAGUGUAUGUAUGGUCAUAAGGGACCUCACAACGGCCAUAUCCAGAUUGUAAAGAAGGAUGAGUUCUCCACAAAGUGCAACCAGACGGAUCACCACCGGAUGUCGGGGGGAAGGCAAGAGGAAUUCCGGACGUGGCUAAGGGAAGAGUGGGGUCGGACUCUGGAAGACAUCUUCCAUGAACAUAUGCAGGAGCUCAUCUUGAUGAAGUUCAUCUACACCAGCCAAUACGACAACUGCUUGACGUACCGACGCAUCUACCUCCCUCCCAGCAGCCCCAACGACCUUAUCAAGCCAGGUCUCUUCAAAGGGACUUAUGGGAGCCACGGGCUGGAGAUUGUUAUGUUGAGCUUUCAUGGAAAGAAGGCAAAAGGGACUAAAAUCACUGGAGAUCCCAACAUCCCAGCUGGGCAGCAGACUGUGGAGAUCGACCUGGCUCAUCCCCUGCAGCUGCCAGACAUCGAGAACCUUCGCGAUUUCAGCGAGCUCUCCCGCAUCGUCCUGGAGGUGCAGGAGCAAGUCCGGCGGGAGGAGCAGGAGCAAGAACACCAGCAGGAGGAAGAGGACCACUCCCAGCAAGAUGCCUCCCAGCCUGCUCCAAAGUGCCUGGGAGCAGAAGGUGCUGAGGGGGAAGAGACUGCAGCUGAGGCAGAGGGGACAACACAGGACAAGGCACCAGCUUCCCAGCCCUUCGUGCUGCCCAUGGGAGUCAUAUCAAGGAAUGAAGACUACCCCCGGACCUGCCGAAUCUGUUUCUAUGGCACGGGGCUUAUUGCUGGCCAUGGCUUCACCAGCCCCGAGAGAACCCCAGGAGUUUUUGUUCUCUUCGAUGACGAUCGCUUCGGCUUCAUCUGGCUGGAGCUGAAGUCCUUCAGCCUCUACAGCCGGAUCAAGGUCUCCUUCCAGAACGCCGAAGCGCCCUCCCGGGAGGCUUUUGAUGAGAUGCUGAAGAACAUCCAGUCGCUGGCUACUUGAUGGGUGGUUUGUGAUGGACAGGGCUAGGGGCUGCAAAGGCUGCUGUGCUCCCCAGCCAGGGCUGGGAUGGGAUGGGGAAUUCCUUGCUCUCGGUACCUCUGAAUGAAAGCAUGCACUUUUCAUAAAGCCUUUUUACCCCAAGUGUGCACACCCCAGUUACAAAUACCCAAGGCUGACCUUUCCUCCUGCCACUCCACGCUGCUCCCCGGCGGCCCUGUCUGUACCAUAGCCUUGUAUAGCUGAAGGGGUCCUGCAGAGGAGGAAACAGACGUUUUGACUGCAAAAAGAAUACACUGCAACAAAAAUAACUCGAGGUCAGAACUGGAUCAGAAGAAGCUCUAACUGACUGCAUGGACACAAGCCCUCUGCUCUGACUUUUUAGCAGUCUCCUGUGGAAAGAGCUCUUCAGGGAGGGGAUUUAUUGGAGCUUUUGCUGUGGCCCAGGAUGAUGUGUCCUCCUGGGAGACUUGCUCCACCCAGUGCAGUUCCCCACUGCAGGCUGGCUGGCUGCUUAGUGAGAAAUUACAUCAGCAGUGAUAAAGCUUAUCCUCCUCUCCAUAAACCUUUCUCUGGGUGCAGCAUUGCCAAGAGAGACUGGUGUCCUCCUUAGACACCAGCUCCUUCACCCUUGGCUUAGUAAUUGGUGUGGGUGGUUUCCUUUUCAGAAGUUUCCUCAUCUGGGCAGCAAGGGGAAGAUUCCCACCCUGAAUGACAGUGUGUGUUGUGUUGCCUUGACAUCUGGAGCUUGGUGGAUAUGCUGUCCCAGGGGUGUCAGGUCUGGGUGUCUCCCUGAAAGUAGAGGAGGUGGAGUUGUUUUAGUAGGAAUUGGGUAUGGAACUGGAAGUGAGUGGAAACUGCAGAGGCUGGUGCGUUCAGAACUGGUUUUGUACCUGGAAAGUUCACCUCAGAUCUUUUAGAGUGGAUCUGGAAGUGUAAAGGAAGGAGAAGAAAGAAAACUGAAAUAAGCCCAACUGCAGCCUGCUGACCCCUGCCCAUGAUAGGCAGCAGAAGGUGCCAUAUGUUGCUGGUACUGGUGUGACCCCAGUUCCAUGUCACUCUUGUAUCAAAUUGCCCCAUAUAGUCUGAGGAAGCAAUGAGGAGUUCUAAAUUUGCUGUGGCUUGUUAUGCACCUUUUGUGGUUGGUGCUGCUGCUGGGCUCACAGCAUCCUUCUUCAUCUCUUUCUACUUGCACUUGCUUCAUCCCAGGUGAUUGCUGCUUCCACAGAAAACCCCUGGGCUUAACUUUCCCUAGUUCUUUGUGGCAGAUCAGAGCUUCACUGGGAGGUGUGGGCUGCAGGCAAGGGAGCAGGUUCCCUAUAGACUGUCCUCUGCAGGAAAACCCUGGCCAAUGCUAAUCUAUGGACUGGGGUGAGCUAGAAACCAUCAGCAUCUGCAUUGUGUGUGUUACUGAUGCUGUGGGGGAAAGAGAUGAGAGGAUGCACAGAGGGAAAGGAGCUAUGUGUAAGGAAGCUCUUGGUUACAAGCAAAAUACAUCCUUUGUGCCAGCUACUCUCUGACUGUGAUGAUAAACUCCAGGUCUCAUCCUGCUAGAUCAGUGUCUAAAAAAACCCUGCCUUUACCUCCUCUGCAAGGUUUGGUUUGUCAGUGUUGGGAGGAUUCAAGCCCCUUCUGUGAAGUUUGAGGCACUGCCUGCUUUUGCUGACUGUGAGCAGCUUUGAUUCUCACUCUCACAAGGGCUGUCUGCCAUUUCUGGCUCUGGAGCAUUCCUCAGGCUGCGUGAGAACUGUGUCUCCAGCAGAGACUUGGAGCAGAAGGUCACGUCACUCACAGGAUUAAUUCCUGUCUCUUUGGAUACAGUUUUACAAACCUCAGAGAGUUUGAAGGUGAUUCAGGGCACUUGUUCCUUUGUUCCGUACUGGUUUGUCAGCGGUGGGAAACCUGCCUGCGUGUUGGAGGUGAGGCUCUGAAGUGCUAUUAUUGCUGUAGUGGAUGAGCUAUAAAAAGUAGGUUGUUUCUGAGCAGCCUGGUGGAGGUGUUCCUGUUCUUAUCAGCAGAGGGAAGAGUUGACUUGGAUCUCACCCCAUCAGGCAGAGCAGGGAGAGAGGGAGGGUGGCAGUUUUCUGAGCCUUGGUAGGUGGGUUGGGAGGUGAGCUGCUGCUAAAAUCAGGUGUCUCAACCUUUACUGCAGCUGCUGAGCUCUGAGCAGGGGAGCACAUGCUUUAAUCUUGCAGAGGUUUCCAGCUUGAUGGCACAGGUUUUUGGGAGCCUGCUUGCAUCUGGGUGACCACUUUACCUCUGAUUUUGCUGGUGCAGCCAGUGUGUUGGCUGCUUUGUAUUCUCAGUACAAAGCAAUGAGAGAUCCCCUCCCAGGGCAGCUGAAUUGCUUGUCCCUAAACCCAGCUGUGCUUCAGCUGCAGAUGGAUCCAUAGCUCUGGUUGUGGAUUCAUCCUUCCUUCAGUGUCCACACUCACCUGGAAGAAUAAGCCUGUGGUUUUACAUAACCUUUUGAUUUUGAAAGUAAGACCAGAAGUCCAGACUGUGUGGAACUUGCCACAAACCCUUGGCACAGGACUUGAGUCACUCUCAAAGUACAGAUGCUGACUAUCUAGCUGGCCUCCUCCUUGUGACCUGCUGUGUUGGGCUGGCUGAGCCUGUAAAGGUGGUGUAGGCAUGUCAUAAAAUGCUUUUAGUAGUUGUUACCUGCAGCCUUCAUUCCCCCUGAUAGCAAACCUGUGGCCUGCAGUUGGCAGGAGUGUGUUGCUUGAAGCUGAAGCCAGGUCUGCUUUGUCAUUUGGAUGAGGACCUCUUGGUGGGCUGUGCAUCUGCUCUCCUCCAGGCUAGAAAGGUGCUGCUUGUAUCUUGUCCCUUCUGAACCUCUUCAGUGGCAGUGUUAAGAGCCCCCUUCCAAAGGCAAGGUCUGCUUGACUGGCUGGAGAGAAGGGCUCUGCAGAGGCUUGAUACCCUGUGGGAGCUCUUCACAGCUCGGCUUUGCCCCCACAGUAGCAUCUUUGUGUUUACAGUGUGCCUGGCUGGCCUCAAAGUGUCAGAAUGUGCUACUCCUGAUUAAAGGCAAAACUGCUGAUACACCCUGCCUUUAUUCUGUCUAGAGCAAAGGCAGUGAAAAGAGCAAAUUCUAUAUUAAUGCUCCUCCUCUGCCUUCUCACCUUCUGCUUCUGAAAGCCUGGCAGGCUUUUGUGGCAUUUCAGAAGACAAUCCCUUCUGAUUUGGCUUAGAGUGAAGAAAAGCUGUUAGCAUGGUGAAUUUGGAGAGACCAGCAUAAAUGCUCUGACUACUCCUGUGCCUUUACUGACUCUUUUGUGUGUGGCUGCAUCAGCAGGGAAAAGCAGAUGGUGUGAGGAGUUAUAACAUGCAGCCCUGAGAGCUUUGGGAGAGGGGAACAAACAAAAAGAGCCCAACCAGAUUUAGUUUGGAUCUGACCAUCACCCAUGGCCAAGGGGGCUACAAUCACAGCCUCAGUCCUUCUUUCCCUGUUGGGAGCAGUGCUGUCAGCACAGCAUUUUGCCUUUCUUGUUGGUGUUUGGUAUGGGCUGUGCCACCCCCCUGCACAGUGCAUCCCCUUCCUCCUCCAGCCUCAGCUGUCCAGCUUGUUGGGGUAUUUCUGUGAGCUGAUGACAGGGACAGUGUGUGGUGGUGCCUUGUAGAUGGUGAUAAAUUACUGAUGCUGAUGUGUCCCUGUCUUGUUUGCUCUGUAGAAAAUCUUGGAGACAAUUGGCUUUAUUUCUUGAUUCCAGACGGGUGGAGAAGCACUGGGGAAGAUGGAAAACAACUUGGCCAGGGGUAGGAAAACUCUUGGCAGAAGCCUUAUGGAAUAAACAAAGUGCUUGCAGAGCAACAUUGCCCCAGUAGCCACAGCAAGACCUAGGGCUUGAUUCUGGCUCAGGAACAGCGAGCAAGUGACUGGCUGACGUGCAGGGGCUGUGUUGUGCUCCUAGAUCACGUUGUCUGUGUUGUCAAAACACAUGGAUUUGGCCAGCUGGAAAAGAGAAGCAUCAAAGAUCCUCUUCCAGCCAGUUUGUUUGCCUUGGGCCUGAUUUUGUAGCUAUAAAUGUGCUGUGAUCAGGCAGUGCGGGUGCUGGAGUCUCGCUGCACUCCACAUGGACUUGUCAGGCUUUUUGUUUUUCUACUGAGGAGAAAAAGGGAUGGAAUUACUUUGUAACUUUGGCUGUCAGCUUCCUCUGGAGUGAGCAUUGCUGCCACAGCUGCUCUGGAAUGGGACAGAGGUUGGAUGGCAAUUAAUUAGGAAACUGAUACUGGGGAGAAAGCAAAUUCAUCUGCAAGUGUGCUCAGAGGUGUAGGCUACCAGGAAAAAAAACAAACUGCAGCUGCCUCAGUGUUUACUUCUAAACAAGGAGUUUUAAUUGCUUUUUUUAUUGGUUUGAAACUAGUGGGAUUUAAUGGAAGUGUUGGGUGUUGUGUGGAAACAGGUUGUAUAAUCUCAAUUUGCUAGUUUAGGGAAUGGUAACUGUUAGCUCUGUCUUGUAGCUGGUUGCUCACAUGGAAAAUAAUCUUCUGUUGCAUUCAGCUGCCAAAAGAUUGCGUGCUGGCCCUUUGCUGGGGGCCAGAGGGACAGCAGAACUUGCCAGUUGGACAGUGAAAUGUCUGAGGUGUGUGAUCAGGUGGUGGAGAGGAAGAUGAGUUACCAAACUGUGAGUGCCACUGACCUUUUAUUUCGUGUGUGCUGAAUUAAAAUGUAUGUUCCUGGGUUUCUGUUUGGAUUGCAGUAAUCUGAGGGUGUUUUGAGGAGAACUCAGAUCAACAGUGUUCAUUAGCUUAAUUAAAGCAAUCUGCACUUUUUGUUUUUCAUUGAUUGAUACUCCUACUUCCCCUGAGCAGGUGUACCCUGUUUGUAUGUGUAUUUUGCACUCACCACUUCAGUGUGACACCAACGGAGUCAUCUGGGCAUCUCCUGUAGGCUUUGAGUGUAAAUAAGUCUCUAUGAAGUGGUACUUGAUAAAAAUGAAGGUGAAACAUCAGGUCUCUGCUUUGUGCAGAGGAGAGAACAGAGGGAAAAGGUGAACUGUUCUUUCUAAAAUGCCUUCUGACAUUGGUGUUUCACACCACAGACAUCCACGUGGAACAUAACUGUGGUUUGAACAGCUCACCUGCCACACCUGCCCCCCUCUCUGAGGGGUGAGAGUUUGUCUGUCCUUGUGUUGGUGGGUUUGAGAGGAACAGGCUGUAGAAAAGUGACUUUGCAACACUCAGCCUGCUUCAUCCCAGGUAUCAGAAAGCUGAGCAAAAUGCCUGUGUUACUUUUACACCUGAUUGUUGUUAUCCAAGAAGCCUUUUCCAAUUUCAAAUAAUAAAAGGAAAGUUUUGUGAACUUAA